GCAGAAUUCACACCCAUGAGGGACCAAUACAUGUGAAGUGGAGAAGGCUUCAUUAUCUGCUAUUCCACCACAGAGUGCCAAUCCUUUCAAGAAGCUGCUGAGUUUAAGGAACUCAUUUAUCGUGUAAGGCACAACUAUGACAUCCUUGUGGUGCUGGUGGGAAACAAAAUAGAUCUUGAAGAGUUCAGACAGGAAAAUAGGUGUGCAUGA